GCUUAGAUCCACAAUAGGGGAGAAAGCUCACCAGGGACGACCGGGGACUCAUCGGAUUCGUGUUCAGCACCAAAAAAUGGACCUGUAUACCAAAAUUCAGCUUUCUACCUCACUUUUCCCAAUGACCCUUUUUUUUCAUCUAAUUUUCCUGGACUACUACCCCGUCAGCAUUUAUUACAGGAAUAACAAUAUCAGAGAAAUGAGGUGGGAGUGUCGAGACGCUGAAAUAUCUUUCUUCGCACCAAAGCUAGGACCUUGGGAAGGUGGAACUAGCAUAUCAAUCCGUAUAAAUAACUUGGGCGAUAAGCUUCCUCUGUCUUGGAAUAUCACCAUAGGUGACACCCCUUGCACUAUAUCUCCAAAUUCUACAGGUAAAGCGAAUGAAAACCUAUUAUGCGUACUGGAAGAGUGUAAAUCACCAACAGAAAACUGUACCGGACCAAUUAAGCUUAUUUCAGAAGACUUGGUUCUAACAUCAACUACCAUCUUUGAAAUUGUAGAUCCUAAAAUCAAACACAUUAAACCAACACAAGGAUCAACCAGAGGUGGUACAGAUCUGACUAUUUACGGCGACUAUAUGAACGCUGGUGAUAAAAUUGAAGUAUAUAUCGAUGAUUUGGAAUGCGUCGUAUUUGAAAGCAGUUCAUUACGACUGAAAUGUAUCACUGGUCCGUCGAAACAGCCAUUUAAAAGUACAGUGACAGUGAAAUUCGAUGGACAUAUUCGAACUUCUGAAAACGUUUACGAGUACAGUGAAGAUAUAGAACCAAAUGACAGUACACUCGAAGUCCCUAGAGGUGUUCCAUCAGGUGGACCAAAUAUAUCGAUAACAUUUGACAUACCUGCUGAAGAAAGAAUAACCAGAGAUGAUAAAAUCUUGUUUUACAUACGAGAUAAUGAGCUAGAGAAAACUUACUACAGCGAAUGCGAAAUUUCAAUUAUUUCCUUAAUUUGUCCAACACCGAGAAUGCGCGAUAUUGAUGUUCAUGCUCUGAAUGAACAGAAACCCAUACUAAUGGACUACGGAUUUAAAAUACGAGCAAAUACUACAAAUGGAACUUUCUCGAGUUAUUUACAUGUUCACAAAAAGUAUCCGAAAUUUAUGCUUUACCCUGAUUCGGUUCAGUAUCUUAUAGAAAAUACUGGUAACAAACAAACGAUAACAUCAUCUGUUCAAAGUAACAAUGGUACUGCGAUCAUUCUAGGUGCAGUACUGUUCAUCGUAACCGGCAUAUUCGUCAUUUAUUGUAUAAUAUCAGUUGAAAGAGGGCGAAAAAUGCAACGAGAAAUGAAUGCACUGAGUAUGGAAAUCAUGGUUAUGUCGCAUUUAGUGAAGCAGGUUGAGUUGGAAAAAGAAGUGGACUUGUAUACAUCGGAAUCGGAUAUGUUGCUGCAGCCUGAUGGCAGAAUGCUGGAGCUACCUAAGCCUAAAUUGCCUAAGGAUUGACCGGACUUCACAAGAAUCAUUUUAAUGGUCAUUGGUCAAUAUGGACGUACUCGUAGUUACCUAUCGAGCUAUUCAUUUCGUAUUGUUGAAACAACAACACGGGAUUCAAUCACACGACGGCAAAUGAAAGCGGUAGUUUAUUAGCGGAUACUUGUUGAGAAUUUGAAAAUGGGAAGCUAAUUUCAUCAUUUAAAAAAAAAAAUGUAGGUAUCUAUAGAUAGAAAGUAUAAGACCAAGCAUAUUUUUGUAAAAUUAAUUAGAUGCAUAUUAAUUUAGUUUUACCUACGUAUUUUAUAUUCAGUGUAUUUGAUUGAGAAAUUUCCGAAAAACUCGAUUGAAACGAGUUUUUUCAAAAUAUACCUUAAAAGAUUGAUAAUCAAUAGGUAAUCAUUUUAUUAAUCAUCGUUCCAAAAUAUGUCAAGGUGAAUGGAAAGAAAACCAUACAAAACCCUUCAUCUUGACGAAAAUUGAUGAAAAAUUUUACUUUUAGUCAGGGAAA